UCGAGUUUGCUUAUGAAACGUUUCACUGUUGUCAGGCUAAGUUCUUACGUCCAAGUCGGACUUUUCUGCUGAGAUGUUUCUGGAACCACAUUAUGUCGAACCAUAGUGGAUCUGUUUUCAAUAAUUCUUGUCUUAAAGUUCCAUUGAACCCGUCCAACAGACAGCCAUCCCCAUUGUAUGAAAGAGGAACUUUUGAUACAGGUACAGCUAUCGAGGGAAAGACAUACGUGCGAAGAAGACAAGGACAUAUGGGUAUUGAUGGUAAAGUGUCUAGGCCACAAUCUUGGUCACCUUCUGCCGAUUCUGGAAGAAAUGCAAAACUGCGUGAAGGGUCAACACCCCGCAGUGUGAUGUUAGAUGGUCGUAGUAGGGACUCAUUUGACUCAUUUAUGAACUUUUAUGAAAACAUUCCUGAUUAUGGAGAGUUAGGAAAUCUACCAGAUGGAGAGUUUUAUUUGAGACUACAAGCUUUAAAGGAUAAACACAUGUUGUACUGUAAAUCAUUGACUGCUGAAAAUCCUGCUUUGGAGAACAAACCUACAGAGACAGAACCAGGGAAUGGAGAAACACAAGUUAAUUCUGCAAUAAGCAAUACAAGUGGUUCAGUACUCGGAGGUAGUGCAGCCCCCUAUGCCGCAAUGAAAGAAUCCAGUAUUGCUGAUAACUCUAAAAAGAAUGAACGAAAGAAAUUUCAAAAGAAGUCACAAAGUAAAACAAUCAGUCAUGACUACAUCAACUGGGAGAAAUUAGCCGAAAACACACACCUAGUUUCUCCAUCGUCGGUUACCUCCAUAGAUCAUAAGAGUACACACAGAGCAUCAGUGAACGACAGUAGUCUUUUGGAUAGUGUAGAUGCCACUGUCAACUUGCAUCAAAAGGGAAACAGGAAUGAACAUCAGUUAAAUAGUUUUAAAAUAAAGGAGAAGAAAACCAAUGGAGUGACUAAUAUGAAAAGAGAGAUUCACUCUGCAUUUUCAAAUAAACACACUGAACCCUGUAAAAGCAAUAGUCGCCCGACAAGUUCAUUGAGGGGAAAUACAUGGGAUAAUUUAAGUGCCAAUGAUUGUCUUACAAAAUUGGAUUAUUUAUUUUCUGAUUCUGAUAGUGAGUAUGAAGAGCCCCUUCUUCAGCGUAGUUUGCCGAGCAGCCCUAUUUUAAAACAUAACAGGCACACAACUAUGAAAGAGCCAAACAUUACUGUACCAAAACCUUUCAAAAUGACACUCAGAGAUGAAGAAGAGAGACGCUUAAACGUGUUGCGAAAUGAGCUUUAUGAAGAUGAUGACAAAUCAGAAGAAGAAAAGAGUAUUUUUCGAGCUAAUCCUGUGCCACUACACACUCAUAUGCCACUUUAUGACAAAAUAAUGGCCCAGCAAGAGAGAAGGAGGAAAAAGUUACGAAAACAGUUUAUUGCAGAGCUUCAGUCACAAAUGAAGCCAUUCAGUUUUGUUGUAAGGGAUGAAGAGCGUAAAAAACUAAGUUUCUUUCGUUCAACGCCUGACCUGAGUGCAACAGGGGAGAAUAAAUUCAAACCUUUUCGUGCAAAGCCAGUACCAAAGAACUUAUUUGGCAGUCAUGUGUACCAAAAAAUGAGAGAAGAUGAAUUUUACAGAUCACUGAAGAGAAAAAUACGAGCAGAGGAACUCUUACAGUCUGCGUCAUUACCUCCAUCCAUGGCUGCUAGAGAACAGUUAGAAAAAGAUUUGAAGCAUAUUAGAGCUCAGAGGGAAGAUUAUUCAGACAGUUUGGAUAUUGACAGAAGAAUAAAAAAUAAACAAAAGAUUCCAAAUUACAAAAAACUGCAUGAGAAAAUGAGUAGAGAAUUAGAACACAGAUUUGAUGAGAAUAUUACCACAAGCCCUCAUGAAUUUCGUCUGCAGACUGCAAACAUCCAAGGGAAGCGGUCAAAACUACAUUCACCCCCAUCAGAUAACAGCAGUGUAUCACCAUAUGGCAUUCGACUCUCAACUGAAAAGGAGAAACCUAGACCACAUUCUGCACUGAGUGUAAUGGUAAACAGAAACAAUCUAGCAGCCAUUCUACGAAUACAGUCUGCAAGGCAACGUUUAGAAAAUGAAUUGCUACAGAAACAAGAAGAAAUAAGGAGAAAAGAGGAAGCACGAUUACGAGCUAGAUUCAUUCGCCGACAGCCUGCCUGGAGAGCUCUUAAUUUCAGUACAGCUGAGGAUUUGGAGUUACGUUUACAAUCACGUCGAGAGGAGGAAAGAAUCAGGAGAGAAGAGUUCCUACAAGAUAUGGAAAUUAUGCUUGAUCGCGUGCAACAGAUCCCACCAUUAUUUGCCAGGCAGUGUCAAGCAGGAAUGAAAGAAAAGUUCAAAAAACAGAAGAAUGAACAGUGUAAACCUGGUCUGAAAAUUGCUGUUCAUGAUAUCCCUAAAAAGUAUCAAGACUAUGGACAUUUCAGCCCAAGUGCCUUUUCCGAUGAUAAGUGUUCAAAACUUGGAUUAAAAGUAUCUAUCAAUGAAAAUGCAGAAACAAUUGCAUGUGAAAGUGAAUGUGAAGAUGAUACACAAGGAAUAACAAAGUGUCAAGGUGUUAAAAUUGAAGAAAUAGUGGAAGAUAAGUCAGAAAAAGGAACAGACAAACUGGUGGAAUCCAAGCAACAAACUGGUAACAUAAAAACAGAAGACUGCCCUGAAGAUGAUGACUGUGAUUAUACUGAAAGUUUUCAAGAUGCCAGUGAUGAUAAGAGCUCUCAUACUAGCACUUGUGACAGAGACUGAAAAAAUAGCAAUACUCAUUAAUGAACAGAAAUGUUACAUUACCAAAUAUUAUAAACAGGGCAGUAGUCUGUUCUUAACUGUAUAUUAUGCCAGAUUUCUGUGAAUAAGAUAUGCAAAUUGUCAUAAAAUAUGUUGCUGUGAACAACAUACAAUUAUCACUACAUGCACCAGGAUAAAUAUCUGGACUUAACUAUGUAAUGAUACCAGAUUAUGUCCUCAAGGCAGUUGUCUUCAGAAUUUACAGCUGCCUUGAGCACUGCAGUUUUUGGGCAAAACUGUGUUUCAGAGGCACCUAGAAGUUGGCCUGUAAGCUGGACACUUAGGAGUUUGUGUCUCAUUCAUGGGAGUGAAGAGAAGUGGCUGUUUAUGGAAGGAUCAGCUACAUUGAGAUUAAUCCAUGAACAAAUGGAAGGAAUGGAGAUUAGGGUUUCAUAUACUGCCAGUUAUGAGAUCAUUAGAGAUGGAGAAUAAGUGUGAGUUGGACUCUGAUGAAGAACAGAAGUUGACUGUGGUCUUUUGAAAGGAACCAACCUGACAUUUGCCUUAAGUGAUUUAGGAAAACCAUAGGAAACCUGAAUCUGGAUGACUGGAAGGAAACUUGAAACUAACACUUUCCCAAUGUAUGUUUUGUAUGAUAACUAUGGUGCCACAUACUGCUAUAUUUAUUACCUUAAUUGCCUCGUUGUCUGGAAUGUGUUUUGUUGUACACAAUAUGUGUGAAGUGUUUAUAUCAUAAUAACUGUUUCAUUACUUUGGGCAAUUUACAGCCAACAGUACUUCAAAGGCUCAGUGUUCUAAACAAUGACAAAAACAAAAAAAUGAAACUUGGUCACUCAAAAUGACCUCCUAAAUAGUACAAACUGCAGGAAUGUGCUCUAUGAAGUGAAAUAUUGUCCAGUUUGCAGAAUGA